AUGGCUGCUUGUAAACUUCGUCUGACACCGUGUAGUUUUCUUCGCUCUGGUAUUGUCUCGUUGUUAUACUUAUCCACUGUCAGGAUGGACGGCAUGGGUCUGGCGGUCAGUCGUUCAUCGCUCGAGCGCCUCGAGUUUGACAAUGUCGCACUCAAGAAACUUCUGUUGGAUACAUCAGAAGAGCCUGGUCCGCGAAGGCUGGAAGGAGCCUGUUUCUCCCGAGUAAAGCCGAAGCCAGUGGUCAUGCAUCGGUUCGUGGCAGUCUCAAUGAACGCCGCGAAGGUUCUGAACGGCCCCCUUGGUCCAGAGUAACUGAGCGGCUCCAAAGUAAUGCCAGGGUCCGAGCCUGCCGCGCACUGCUACUGCGGUCACCAGUUCGGCUCGUUCGCCGGACAGCUGAGGGACGGGGCAGCCUGCUAUCUGGGUGAAGUUAAAGCUCCAGCUGACUAGAGGCCAGUGCUGCUCCGGGAGAACCCCAGUGUCUGGUGGGAGAUUCAGGUCAAGGGAGCUGGUCUGACUCCCUACUCCUGACAAGCUGACGGCCAUAGAGAGUUUCUGUGCAGUGAGGCGGUGUUCGCUCUGGGGGUGCCCACUACCAGGGCAGUCACUGGUGACAGCAAUGUGGUACGAGACGUGUACUACAGAAGGUACCCCACUAAAGAGAGGUGCUCUGUUGCCCUCCGCAUCGCACCCACCUUAAUCAGGUUCGGGUCCUUUGAGAUCUUUAAGGUGGCUGAUGAGAACACAAGCUGGCAGGGCCCCAGCUACGGCCACGAUGAGAUCAGAGGUCAGAUGAUGGAUUAUGUCAUAUAGAGCUUCUACCCAGAGAUCCAGCAGAACCACACAGACAGAGUGGAGAGGAAUGUGUCAUUCUUCAGAGAGGUAAUCAUGGACACUAGCGUAUUGGUGGCCCAGUGGCAGUGUGUGGGCUUCUGCCAUGGAGUCCUCAACACAGACAACAUGAGCAUCCUGGGGCUCACACUAGACUACGGCUUCAUGGACAGGUUUGAUCCUGAUUUCAUCUGCAAUGCCUCAGACAACUCAGGCUGCUACACUUAUCAGGCCCCCUGCCGCUGGAACCUGGCUUGUCUGGCCGAGGCCUUGGACCCAGAGCCCCCAGGCCGGGCAGAGGCUGUCCUGGAUGAGUACCCGCCCCUCUACAACACCUUCUACCUGGGCAACAUGAGGAGGAAGCUGGGCCUGCUGAGGAAGGAAGAGCCAGAGGAUGAGAUGUUGUGCAUGGUCUGCAGGAGCUCAGUGAUCAACACAGAUGGUCUCGGAGCGGAGGACGGUGACCAUGAAGCUGGGUGUGGCUCGAAGGAGCUGCUGGAGGUCGAGGCCAAGCACAGAGAGAACUGGGUCACCUCCUACAGGCAUGGAAAAGAGCAGGUUUGGUCUAGUGUUUGCACUAGAGGUGUUUUUAGUCAUAGAUAUUUUUGUCUGAGUCAUCCAGCUCUGUGUUGUGACUGGUGCAGCAAGCGUCUGGUUGAGGGCCAAAGGGCCGUCCAGGCACUGCAGGAGGAGAGGGUGAAAGUGAUGAACGGCACCAACCCACAAUACGUCCUCAGGAACUACAUCACCCAGAAUACAAUAGAGUCCGCCGAGAACGGAGACUUCUCUGAGGUCCAGCGGCUCUUGAAGGUUCUGGAAAAUACUUUCUCUACCCAGCCGGGUCUGGAGCAACUUAGUUGGCUGGACCAAGUGGUGGUGGAGGAGCAGGGAGAGAUGGAGCAGCAGGUGGCAGAAGCGGCAGCAUCCCAAAUGUGUGUUCCCUAUAACAGCAAGCCUCAAGUUUGGGCCAAUGAAAUUUGUGUCACCUGAUCUUCCCUUCUGAUCACCCUUCCCUGACAGUCUACCCACCCAUAUGUACAAUAGAGACUGUCACUGUCUUUUCUUCCUUUGUUUACCUAUACCUCUCUCCUCAUACUCUCUUUACUUGGGUGGGUAAUGGCACGGAAGGUACAUUUUAAUGAGGUAAGAUGUUAACCACUCAGCCUAUAGAUAUGCAAGGUUGUGUUAAGAGUUUUGGCACAUUUCACAAAGUACAACUCCAGAAAUCUGAAAUGACACAUUUUUUUGAUCUAAGUGAUAAUUACAUUUAUGGAAAUAUCAUGUGUUCAGUUGAUUUGUAGUCUUUAUACAGAUGUCUCUGUAGAUCUGUGUAGCCUAUUGGCUGUCUGGUUAUGAACGACAGCCCAGACGUCCAGUCCUACAAUGACCCAUCUGAGUCCAAGAGACUUGGAGUAUCACCUCUAUGUACCAAAUAAUGUGUGUGAAAGGGAAUGUACAUGAUUUACAUAUCUGAAUUUUACAGAAUGAGUCACAUAAUGUUACUAAUUGAGCCACAAAGGACUUCAUACACAAGUAUAACAUAACAUAAAUGUCAAUGUUGUAAAUGUCAUAGCAAUUGUAACACUGACCAUUUGGUGCUUCAUUGCACAAAUACUACUACACCACAUUGCAUCGUGUAGGUCAUGAUAACAUUCUAUGUAUUGCAUACAUUUUCCAGAAAGCUUCAAAACUGCCAUUGUCAACUAAAUAUUUGCCAAGGAAAUCAUGAGCAAUGGUUUUGUUUAAUUUCUUGGGAUAAAUUGUUUUUUAUGAAUUGAUAUGGAAAUUAUAUGUCAUGAUGCUGAAGAAAUGGCUUUUAUAGGGUGUUCCUUGGUAACUUGAAUUUCUUUGAAACGCUAAUAUUGUGGCCCAAAGUUGAGCUAUUUGUAACGUCAAUGUAAUGUUCAAUAUUCUAUUUUUGUAAGUUGGAAGAUUUUACCUAUGGCAAUUUUUGUAUAGGAAAACAAGAUGCACUACUCAAAUGGCUUCUCUUGGGCUCCAGGUAAAUUCUCUGAGGUACAUAUGAAUCAAACUCAUAAAUUAACGUUUCAACCACUGUGACCACCACCAUAUGUCUUUGUCAUUACCCCCUUCAAAACAUGUCAUACCAUGAGGAAUAGAGGGACCUCUGUCAGGUGACGGAUGAGCAAUAAUUCUGUUCAUAUUGAUCAGCAAAAUAUUAUAUAUAUAAUUAUAAUUAUAAUUAUAUUAUAACCUGUGGUGUUUUUAUUUAUUGAUUAUUAAUGUACAUAUGAAAUGUAUUAUCUUCUGAGAGCUUCCUCUAUAUGCGAACUGUAGUUGGUAAACUUAUACAAAAAU